CGAAACAAACAAAGCAAAUGAUAAGAGAGGUUUUUAAAUUCCACUCGAUCCAAUUGCAACCUUCCAGUUCUCUCCAUUGCCAUAAUCCACAAAAAUAAAUAAAUAAAUAAACACUGUCGCUUUCUCAUUAGCCAGCUUCGAAGAAUCGCAUAUUACUUUGAUUUCUCCAACGAAAUUUAAGUAAUAAAAAUGGUGUUCGAGGUGAUGAAAGUGCCAACGACGCCGUUUGAAGGCCAGAAGCCAGGCACUUCUGGUCUUCGUAAGAAGGUGAAAGUUUUUGUUCAGCCUCAUUAUUUGCAGAAUUUCGUUCAAGCAACAUUCAAUGCCCUUACACCUGAGAAAGUUAAGGGUGCCACACUUGUCGUUUCUGGUGAUGGUCGUUAUUUCUCAAAGGAUGCUGUUCAGAUAAUAAUCAAGAUGUCAGCUGCAAAUGGAGUAAGGCGUGUAUGGGUUGGUCAAAACGGAUUACUUUCUACUCCAGCUGUAUCAGCUGUAAUACGCGAAAGGGUUGGUGCGGAUGGAUCCAAAGCAACUGGUGCCUUUAUUUUGACAGCUAGUCACAAUCCCGGUGGCCCUAAUGAGGAUUUUGGAAUUAAAUACAACAUGGAAAAUGGGGGACCUGCUCCAGAGGCCCUCACUGAUAAGAUCUUUGAGAACACAAAAACAAUAAAAGAGUACUUGAUUGCUGAUGAGCUACGAGAAGUAGACAUUAGUAAAAUUGGUGUUACCAACUUUUCGGGGCCUGAUGGACCGUUUGAUGUCGAGGUUUUUGAUUCAGCAAGUGACUAUGUGAAAUUGAUGAGGUCAAUCUUUGACUUCGAGCUUAUCCGCAAGCUGCUUUCAUCUCCGAAGUUUACAUUCUGCUAUGAUGCACUUCAUGGUGUUGCUGGAGCUUAUGCAAAUCGCAUCUUUGUGGAAGAGCUUGGGGCACAACAAAGCUCACUUUUGAACUGCACACCCAAGGAGGACUUUGGUGGAGGACAUCCGGAUCCCAAUCUGACUUACGCCAAGGAGUUGGUUGAGCGCAUGGGAUUGGGAAAAUCAAACUCUGGUGUUGAACCACCAGAGUUUGGUGCUGCUGCUGAUGGUGAUGCUGAUCGUAACAUGAUCUUGGGUAAAAGGUUCUUUGUCACUCCAUCAGAUUCAGUAGCCAUCAUUGCUGCAAAUGCUGUUGGUGCAAUUCCUUACUUUUCUUCUGGUUUGAAGGGAGUUGCCAGGAGUAUGCCCACAUCAGCUGCCCUUGACGUCGUGGCCAAGAGCUUGAACCUGAAAUUUUUCGAGGUACCUACUGGCUGGAAAUUUUUUGGGAAUUUAAUGGAUGCUGGACAAUGUUCUAUUUGCGGGGAAGAAAGUUUUGGAACUGGCUCUGACCAUAUACGUGAGAAAGAUGGAAUCUGGGCUGUUUUAGCCUGGCUUUCAAUCCUUGCGUAUAAAAACAAGGAUAAUAUCAAUGGGGAUAAGCUUGUGACUGUUGAGGAUAUAGUUCGUCAGCAUUGGGCUACCUAUGGUCGACACUAUUAUACUCGAUAUGACUAUGAGAAUGUGGAUGCUGGUGGAGCAAAGGAUUUAAUGGCAAAUAUGGUUAAAAUGAUGUCAUCCCUUGAUGAAGUUAAUACCAUCGUGAAGGGGGCUCGAUCAGAUGUGUCAAAAGUUGUCAACGCUGAUGAGUUUGAAUACAAGGAUCCUGUUGAUGGUUCAGUUUCAAAGCAUCAAGGUAUUCGGUUUUUGUUUGAGGACGGAUCACGAUUGGUCUUCCGUCUCUCUGGAACUGGUUCAGAAGGUGCAACUAUCCGUCUGUACAUCGAGCAAUAUGAAAAGGAUCCAUCAAAAAUAGGAAGAGAUUCCCAAGAAGCUCUUGCCCCUCUUGUGGAAGUUGCUCUAAAACUUUCGAAGAUGCAGGAGUUCACCGGCCGAUCCGCACCAACUGUUAUCACAUAGAUUCAUUCUGCUACAUGUUAAGGUGUGUUUGAUUUAAUUUUGAGCAAAAGAAAACAUAAAUAAAGUCCUCAUAAGAUACGCUAUAUAUAUAUAUAUCUAUGUCAGUGUGCAUCCUUGCCAUGAGUACUUGAGAAUGGCAAAUGGCAAUAAUGCUUACUCAUAAAAAAUUUUGACAAUAUUAUUUGAGGAUUUAUUUGAAUAUUAAUUGUUUUUCAA